AUGCCUGUGGAACAUGCGAUGGGUCAAGCGUCGUUCUUCAUUAUGGUUGCUGCUAUAAUAAAUCCACCGAGCGACCCCCUCGCUAUCUUCCUUGACAAGACUAUAGGCAUAUUUGUCUUCAUCGGGUUUGCAUGGGUAUGGGUGACGAUCGCGUAUGCCAUCGCAGUCCGAGUCCGAUCAAAUGUAGUGCCUCUAGAUGCCCUUCAGAGAGAGUCAGAUCGUUACCCCGGGUUACAGGCAACCAAUCCAGAAGCGUUUCUCCAGUUUGCUAUCUUCGAUGGGGUCUUCCUUGAGACUGCGUCCAGUGCAGUCAUGGCUGCCUUCCUAGGUGUCGGCGUGGCUGUCAUGACAUACCUGCGAUCUAAACUCACCCCCUCCUUCGGCCAGCCAACAUCCAGUAUCUUCGCGUGCAUCGUGAUGGACGUCGUGCUCACCUACGGCGCUCUCAUACCCUCCUUCGACCCCGUCCUCGCCAACGUUUUCGUCAUCCCUAUGCUGAUGUUCACCGCCGUCGCCAUCCUCGGCUCAGUGCUCAUCUUUCCCGAAACAGUGCAGGAACAGUAUUGCAGGCGAUAUAUCGCCGCCAUCAGCCAGAUGAAGACUGUCAUAGACGAGCAGCCCAAGAUGCUGGGCGCGACCCCGGGGACAGACGAGUGGAAGGAAUACGACAAGCUGAAAUCCCAGCGUGAGGCCUUGGGCGCAGCAUAUCAAGCACUGGACGUGUCGGGGAGCAACCUGAAUCGGGAGAUCAUAUGGGGAAGGUUUAGCCACAACGACCUUCGCGAUCUGCAGGACAGCGUGAGAAGACUUGUCAUCCGAAUUGGAGGCAUGGCGUACUUCCAUAGUACUGUCAGCGAGUGGCUGGAGAGGAAGAAACAUGCGGAGGAAAGUGCGAAUUCACAAUUCAGCUCUCGAGCUCCCUCUCGCGCUCCUUCGCCGUCACCUCAGGAUUCUGCAGAUCAGUUGGGACGUAUGCAGGAUUCUGCUGCCCCUGGCGCAGCGGAGAAGAAGAACGGUGGACCCGAAAAUGGGAAGACGCCCCCUGAACAAAGCGCCAGUCAGUUGAAUGUCACGCAGUCCCAUCAGAGUAGCACCCCUCUCGACGUUCGUCGUUCUGAAGACCAGACCGGGAAUCGGCUAGACAUCGCGCACCAAAACCACCGACAUAGUCUGAGUCAUCUGAAUCUUCGCCGACUGCUCACCGAAUCUUUGGGCGACUCGUUGCUUUCCCCGUCGGAAACAGUCAGCCUCACCGAUACCGGCUCGGAGACGCCUCGAGGGCCCAAGUUGCGAAAGGAGAAAAAGGACGAUCAUCAUUGGUUUCAUUGGCAUCUAGACUCCCCUGAGCAUCCACGCUUGCACGGACCACGACCAGUCGGGGUGUUCGAGAGCAUGCGGUAUAUCACUGUUCAUGCGCGUUUUCUCGUUCCGCGCGAGAUGGAGUACGUGGAGAAGAUGCAGGUCCUCCUUGCAGACGCUGCAGAUCCGCUGCUCAACGUGUGUGCAGAAGCACUGGGAAGCAUCCAGACUUUCUUCGAAGCUGUCACGCAUGAUAAAUGGUGGAAACUGCAACAGAAUACCAAUCGAGCAGCACGGGUCAAGGCCGACCUGCAGAAGAAGGACUUCAUAAAGCACAAGCUGUUGCGCACGCUCACGGCUUUCAAGACCAAGGAUAGGCUUCGCCCAAUCGAGGUGUAUCGACAUCACGCGCUGACACCGGCGACACCUUAUCGGGGUCUGUUCUUCGUCAGCAUAUACUGUUUCCACCUCAUCGACUUUGCCCAAGCACUCCUCAUCAUGCUGGAAGCGGUGUUGGAGGCGGAAGAGAAACGCAAGAAAUCCAGAUUCUGGUUUCCACCCCUUACGUUCGGUGGUAUACUUGGGCGCGGCAGUAGGAGUGACGCGAAUGAGCUUGAUGACGAAGAUCCUGAGAAUAUUCAAGGCCUUCAGGAGUUCGACGAGGCUGUUGAAGCUCGAGACCCGGACGCGGAGGCUCCGAGCAACCUUUUCUAUUAUUAUGGCGGCAAGGUGCAAAGGGGGAUCUCGAACAUGUUCAGGCGAGGUGACGCGUUCUUUGCUGCCAAAGCCGGCAUCAUCACUGUCGUGGUCGCGAUUCCACAGUAUGUUCAGACGACAGCCUCCUUCUACUACAACAAUCGCGGGCUAUGGGUCAUCAUCAUGGCCCAACUGACGUUGCAACGCUGGGCAGGCGAUACGAUCCUCCAGUGGAUGUAUCGUGUUAUCGCGUCAUUCUGCGGAGCCGUGGUUGGAGUUACGCUUUGGUACAUUGGUUCGGGCUCAAGUGACGGCAACGCCUACGGACUUGCCGCUGUGGGGGCAGUCACGCUGCCCGUGAUCUUCUUCCUCCGUAUCCACUCGCCGUUCCUGGUGAUGUAUGUGCUGUUCUGCGUGACGAUCUUCCUCGUCAUGGGCUAUUCGCGACAGGACGGCGUCGGUGGGUUUACGUCCGUCAAUAUUGGUGUAGGGUGGGAAGGCGGUUGGCGGCGAUUCCUCACGGUUGUGAUUGGCAUCUCGAUCGCGGCUAUCUUUGCCCUGAUUCCGCCGGAAACGUCGAGACAUUCUGUGCGGAGAACAUUGUCACGAAGUAUCGCACAGAUGGGCACGAUGCAUGCAGAACUGCUGUCAUAUGCAGGCCGUGCGCAUCAUGGUCCGGACACUUUGAUAGUCGACAGCAUCGUUCGGAUCAAUGCGAAACUGCGGACGUAUCUAACUCUCCGAAUCGAUGCGGCCGAGUAUGAACCCACGCUAGAAGGACGCUGGCCAGCGGCGAAGUAUCGCAAGCUGCAGGAAACACUUUUGGAGUUAUCGGACCUCCUCGGACAGCUGAUGACAGUCUAUUGGCGGAUCGGGCAAGCUCACAUCGAUAAACGAUGGCGAGAAGGACUCGUUUUGCGGACACGUUUCCUCCAGCCUACUUUCAUCGGAGAUACGAUGGCGAUCUACUACAUCCUUGCUACUGCGCUGAAGACGGGUGCACCUCUGCCCCAGAUUCUUCCUACGCCGCUAGUCGACCGCGCGUUCGACAAGAAAUAUGGCCUGCGUGUCCCACACGCUGGUGACAUAGAUGCGAGACGUGGCCAAAAUGGUACCGAUACACCAGGCAGAGAAAGUCCUAUACCAGGAACACCCCGCGAGCCCUUUUCAGCAUUUCGAGACCCGAACGAUCAUCCUCUAGCCGACAAGCACGUCCGACUAGAAGAGCCCAGAGCAGAGUCUCCCUCUGUUCGGAUGAUCGACAAGCAGGACCUCACGUACGAGAUGUUGACCGACGAAGGGUACAUGACACUCGUGACGGGAGUGCUGACGACGUAUGAUAUGUUGACUAGAUUGGAUAGACUGGUCAUGGUGGUGCGUGAACUUGUUGGAGAGAAGUAUCCGAUCAAGGGCUUGGAUAGAGAGGCAUUGUUGAGUGAUUAUGAGUGA